AUGAGUGUUGAACACAGUGGCUGUGGUACAGAUGAUAGUCUGCCCACAAGGGCUUUACAGAAGCAAAACUUUGCAGGAGAUGCAUUCCCUGAACGUGACUCACAGGGACCAAAUAGAGACACCUUGGUUCAUGCAAGGAAGACCCUCCACAGAUGCAAAGAAUGCGGGAAAGUGUUUAAUAAGAAUUGCCUCCUUGUUCGACAUCAGCAGAUUCACACUGGAGUGAGGCCUUAUGAAUGCCAGGAGUGUGGAAAAGCCUUUCGUGAAAAGAUAGACUUUGUUCGGCACACAAGGAUUCACACUGGGGAGAAGCCCUAUAAGUGUGUGGAGUGUGAGAAGGUCUUCAACCGCAAAUCACACCUCACGUGCCACCAGCGGAUUCACACUGGUGAGAAGCCCUAUGAGUGCAGUGAAUGUGGAAAAAGCUUUAACUACCACUCUGUUUUUGUCCUGCAUCAUAUGACCCACACUGGAGAAAAACCCUUUGGGUGUGAAGAAUGUGGAAAAGCCUUUCACUACAACUCUUCCUUAACUCGACACAUGAAGGUUCACACUGGAGAGAAACCCUACAGUUGCAGUGAAUGCGGAAAGACCUUCACCUACCACUCUGUGUUUUUCCGACAUAGUUUGACCCAUGCUGCACGAAAGCCCUACGAGUGUAAAGAAUGUGGGAAAGGUUUUUUCUACAGCUAUUCCCUCACUAGACACACACGGAGUCACACUGGAGAGAAGCCCUAUGAAUGCAGUGAAUGUGGAAAGACUUUUGCCUACUAUUCUGCUGCUGUCCGGCAUAGUAAGAUCCACACUAGAGAAAAAAACCUUUGA